UUAAAUCUCGGUUAUUGUGAAGUGUAACGUUUAGUGGUUUUCCCGUGUAAACUCACCAUGAAUGCAAUCUAAAACUGACUGAAAAGUGUAUGCGCUGCGGUUGUGCUAGUAGCUUCAUUUUAGUUUGAAACAGCCUGUCCAACCAUGGAUCACAAUCGAUUCAAAGUACAAACGGUUAUACAGAUGAACAGUGGUCAACAACAAAACGGUGGUGGUACGCCACCACCCGUAUUUCGGCGCCUAGACGACGAAGUGCAACUGAAUGUCGCAGAGCUGAAAAACCGCAAUCAGGUUGCCCCUGCCCCCCUGACCGAGGAAAAUCGUCGCAUUAGUAUCAUGGGAGUAACUAGGGACCCAUUGCCACGACUGGAUCACUAUCGAACAUCAUCGCGAAAAAUUAAGCGUCCAUCGAUUGGUGAACUGCAUGGAGACAGCGAUGCGAAAGAUAAGAAACAGGAACCCGAGGUCGAUGAACUGCCCAAACCCAUCGGCCAUCGGUUGGGCUGGAUCCAGGGUGUACUGACGCCAUGCCUGCUCAACAUUUGGGGAGUAAUGCUCUUCCUGCGACUCAGCUGGGUCGUUGGAGAGGCCGGUAUCAUUGAAUCCCUGAUCAUCAUGGCCCUGUCCUAUGUGGUAUGUGUCAUCACAACCCUCUCCCUGUCGGCCCUUUGCACCAACGGACAAGUUCAAAGUGGUGGCAUCUACUAUAUCAUCUCCCGAUCACUUGGGCCGGAAUUUGGAGCGUCGGUUGGCGUGGUGUUUGCCUUUGCUAAUGCCGUGAAUGCAUCCAUGAAUACUAUCGGUUUUUGUAGUUCCUUGAAUGAGUUAUUAGAAUCUCAGGGAACUAAGAUAGUUGAUGGAGGCAUAAACGAUAUUCGUAUCGUCGGAACUAUUGCACUUCUACUAAUGGUGACCAUCUGCGCUGUUGGUAUGGAUUGGGAAGUAAAAGCACAGAACUUUUUGCUAGUGGCCAUUUUGCUGGCGAUAGCAAGUUUCAUAAUCGGGGCGAUCAUAGGUCCUACUACCGGUGAGGAUGCUAAAGGAUUUCUUGGAUUUUCGAUGGCCGUAGUAUCAUCUAACAUGGGACCGCAAUAUCGAGUGAGUGAAGGUGUUCAGCAAAACUUUUUCAGCGUGUUUGCCAUUUUCUUUCCCAGUGUGACUGGAAUUCAGAGUGGAGCCAACAUUUGCGGUGACUUGAAAGAUCCAGCUAGCGCCAUUCCCAAGGGAACGCUUCUGGCUUGCCUAGUAUCGGGAAUUUCCUACAUUCUCUUCACGUUAUUUGCUGGUUCUGUGGCAGUUCGUGAUGCAUCCGGAAAUCUCACGGAUCUAGUGGGAUCCAAUUUCACUUCAUGUGAUAUAGAUCUCAACAACUGCAAAUAUGGGCUGAACAACGACUACGCGAUCAUGCAAUUGAUUGCUGCCUCGAGCGCCCUUAUUUACCUCGGAUGCUGGGCUGCUACACUCAGUACCGCAUUGACCAACCUACUGUCCGUCCCUCGCCUGAUACAAGCACUUGGAAUCGACCGUAUUUACCCGGGACUGAUAUUCUUCUCCAAGGGCUAUGGAAAACAUGGUGAACCGUACCGUGGAUACAUACUCGUCUUUUUAGUUUCCUUCGCAUUUAUCAUGAUCGCAGAUUUGAACACAAUCGCUUCGCUGAUAUCGAAUUUUUUCCUAGCAUCGUACGCUUUAGUGAACUUCUGCACUUUCCAUGCUGCUACGGUCAAGCCUCUCGGUUGGCGUCCGACCUUCCGUUACUAUCAUCCUUGGCUGAGUAUGGCCGGAUCACUGCUGUGCGUGAUCAUCAUGUUCUUGAUCGAUGUAGUAUCCACAUUCAUCACUAUUGUGAUCAUCUUCAUCCUGUACCUUACGGUGGUCUACCGCAAACCGGAUGUCAAUUGGGGGUCAUCAACCCAAGCUGCAGCGUACAAGUCGGCACUGAACUCGGCCCUUAAUCUGGAACAAGUGGGAGACCAUGUCAAAAACUACAACCCACAACUAUUAGUGCUGACUGGAAAUCCGCUGCAUCGACCGGGAUUGCUGAACUUUGCCAAUUUGAUCACAAAGAACAACUCCCUGAUGAUCGUGGGAAACGUAAUAGAGAGAAGACUGGUCUACAAGGAGAGGAAAUUGAACAUUCAAGCUGGGAAAAAAGUGCUCAACGAUUUGAAAAUAAAAGCCUUCUACAACAUCCUGGACGGGCUGCCAUUUGACGAGGGUAUACGAGCAAUGAUCCAAUCGUCGGGAUUCGGAAGAAUGACUCCGAACAUAUUGAUGAUGGGAUACAAGACAGAUUGGCGCAAAUGUAGCAGUGAGCAGCUGCAUAUUUAUUACAACAUUUUGCACAAUGCAUUCGACAAUCGGCUCGCCCUGACAAUCCUGCGACUACCGAACGGUAUCGACUGCUCGCACCUGGUUCCACCAAACCCAGAGCUGGAUCUUGCCGAUUCGGCCCUGAAUAUUAUGUCUACGCUAACAUAUUUCAACACACCUGCCGGGAAGCGACUCCGGAAGGGCCUAAUGCCAGUAAAUUCCAACCUCGAUCUUCAUGGAAUGGUUAACAGCAGCGAACAAGUCAGUGUGAACGUUCCAAGCGAAGCACCAGGUAUCAAACCAGCCACGGUUGCUUCCGUACAAAUCCAACAGUUGAAUCUGUUCCGCGAUAAGCAACCGGCAGGAUAUAUCGACGUAUGGUGGUUGUACGACGAUGGAGGUCUCACCAUUUUGCUACCGUAUAUCAUUUCAACUCGAUCAAAAUGGUCCGACUGCAAAAUACGGGUAUUUGCUCUAGCCAGUCAAAACACAAACGUCGAAGAGGAACGUGAAAACAUGACAAUUUUGCUCGAUAAGCUGCGCAUCAACUACGUAUCCCUGGUCAUGGUCAACGUGAUCGAUAAGCCACAGGAAGCAACGAUCCAAUCGCACCGUGCCCUCAUCGACGCUCUGAUAGAAGGACAGGAAACGGAUGUAUUCGUUAGCGAAUCCGAGCAGGUCCAGUUGGAAGAGAAAACGUACCGUCAGCUGCGGCUACGGGAACUGCUGCAGCAGCACUCGAAGAACGCUUCCCUGAUCGUGCUGUCCAUGCCAAUACCGCGGAAGGGAAUCGUUUCCGCACCGCUCUACAUGUCGUGGUUAGAGAUGCUCACGAAGGACAUGCCACCGUUCUUACUUGUACGUGGCAACCAGACGUCUGUACUCACAUUCUACUCCUAAUUAUGCAGCGAAGUUCAACUCGCAAUUUUCAACUUUAUCAUUGAAUGGAAAAUAAAUA